AUGCUCAAAGUCAGAAAUUUAAAGCUUACGUUUCGAAUGCAAACAUAUGGCUUAUUAUUCUUUGUUAAUAAAUCAAUUAAUUGCUAUAAUUUAUUAAUAAUCUUAUUAGAAUAUUGCAUAAUGAAGAUUUCUAGUUUGAUAGAAGAAAUUAUUGAAACAGGUUCCCAAGGAAAAGAACUUAUAAAGGAUGCUUUUAUCAUCGGCAUCGCUUGGGGAAGAUAGUAUGAAUUAUUCAUAUACAUACUAGACAAUUGCGCACCCUUGAAGAUUUAUAGUCAGCUAUAAAAUUCAUAUUAAAAGUAAACGAAAAAAUUGACAAUUCUUUGGAAAGUCCAUUUAGCAAAGAAGAUAAAUAUGAAAAUUUUGUAGUUGAUUAUGUAAUGAUCCAUCUUUAUAAAGAAUUUUGCAUUAUUCACCAAACCUGGUGCAAUAAAACUAUGUUAGACAACACCUCCAUAAAAGAAGACGUAAGAGAAUUAGUAACCAAUCAAAAAUUAAAAAUCGAAUUCUCCAUUUUAUUUUUAAGGUUCUCCACAAAAAACAUAGUAUGCAUAAACCUCAAAAAUGUGUUAAUUGUGUAACUUUGUUAUUGAUACAAAGACAAAUGAUCAAAAAGCAGUACUCUUGAGAUGCAGCCAUCAAUUUCAUUUUUUAUGUUUAUCAAUAUCAACAUUUGCUUAAGGCAAUCACUGCCCAAUUUGUUAAGAACAAUUAGAAAAAAAAUACCCUGAAUAUAUUUUUGAUCAAUUACCUCAAUAACUUAAAUCUAGUUGCCCAUAAAUAGGUUGUUCAAAUUCUUUUUUAUAUUAUGGUUAGGAUGUCUUUGAUUGCUCAUUCUGCAAAACGUAAUGGUGUUUAAAAUGCAAGAAAAAAUAUCAUAAGAAUUAAGCAUGUACUUUUGAAAUAGAUCAUUUUGAAAUGAGGCUUGGAUAAAAAUUUAAAUAUUGCUUAAACUGUAACAAAGUGUUAUUCUUAACUGAGCUACCCUAAGAUUCCAAUAAUUAAGGAAUUAUGCCACUGCAUUGUGAAAAAUGA